GUGGGAAACGAGGAGAUCAAGAGCUUGUGUCAUCCGGACUCCAUAACAAUCAGACCCGAGCUGGCCAAUUUUAGGUGGUCCUCAUCAAGGUUCAUUCUGCCGAAUUUAUAUAUUCAGUGUCAAUAGAGCUGUGAUCAGAACUAUUGCCGUGAUGGGCGCCACCGGCCGUCAAGGAAGAGGUGUGGUUGACGCUCUUUGUUCAACAAAGGAGAUAUAGAGUAUCACGUACGACCGUUGACACGCUCCCUCACCAGCAAGCUUGCCCAGCGGUUCUCAUAUGAAUACCCACAGCUUUCACUCAUGCAAUGGAGAGUAGACGACGCCUUAUCCCUCAGGAAAUGCUUUGAGGGCUGCUACGGCGCAUUCAUCGACUCCGGCGUCUUGCUUCCACCAGAGAUAUCACUCAAAGAAUGGACGCGAGUAGAACUUGCUCUCGGGGAACGAUGCUGCCAAGCCGUUCAAGAAGCUGGCCUGAAACACGUCAUCUACCCAACUUUCCCUUCUGUCUUCAAUGCCAGCAACGGUCGCAUCAACAUCGCUACUUCGAAACUAAACACCAAAUCGCCUUGUGGCUGAGAGACUCUCCAGUCCAGAGCACCAUCCUCUGUCCCGGUCCGUUCUACACCGAUUUCAACGACAUGCAAUAUGCCUCGUGGGACGGCGGCGUCGUGGUAUUCAGCACGCCCGCGGCACCUACGAAGCGCAUAGUGGUCAGACCCGGGGCACAAUAUCGGAUGGUUUGCUCGGGCAGCAUUCGAUGUAGGACCUGAUUCUAUGAAGGAUGAGCAUGUACCGGUGUCUGGCCCGGUUUUCAGUUAUGAAGAUUUGGCGAGCAAGUUCAGCGCUGUGACGGGGAUUAAAGCUGUGUAUUGUGGGAGGGAAACUGCGACAAGACAAAAACCCACAUAAAGUAUACCAGAGCGCAAAACGUGACUUGACAGCAAAAUAAUAAAUCAAAAGCGUAAAUAGUGAAGUAUAAAUAGUGUAUAGUGUGCAAAAGCUCAAUUAAUUAAAUACUCAUAAAG